CAUGGUGACUAAUCAGAGCUAUGUGGACACAAAUGUUCACAGAGGUUAGUUUGAUUUCAAAUUGAUUCAAUAGAGACACGUAGAAGCAGACAGUCGACUCCUCUGUUAACCUCAACGGACCUUGUGACAAUGGCUACGGGUAUGGGAGAAUGGAGUGAAACAAAGGACGCCACUGAGGAAACUCAGAAGAUUUGUGAUCAGGUGAAGGGCCAAGUGGAGAAACAGACAGGCAAGAACUAUGGGGUUUACACAGCAGUGAAAUACCGUGAGAUUGUUGAUGAACAAAGCUUCCUUUUCAAGGUUCAUGUUGGAGGAGAGGACUACAUUCAUCUGAGUGUCUUCCAAAUACCUCUGCUUGUACACGGUGCGCCGGACCCAAAGGAAAUAUUGCGCGGUGUCGAGCAGCACAAAACCAAAUACGACCCCUCGUACCUUUUACAAACUAAAAACACCACCUUGACACAGAUAUUUGAUGUUGGAAAGCUACAAGUUGAAUCACUAUAUUCUAAAGAUAUAAUAAAGAUUAAAGCAUUAAAAAAAAUCAAUAUGUAUUUCUUGUGGUUAUAUGCAGCAUUUGCCUGUCUUUUAUAAAGUCUGUUGUCUUGAAGAAAUUUUGACAAAUAAAUUUGAAAAGGUAAAUAAAUCCCUGUAGUUCACACAAACCUUAAUAUAAACAUAUAGAUUUUUAACUUUCUUAUGUUGUGAGAUCUGAUCACACAAACCAGGAAACAUUUUCUUGACAGGUGUCCUGGAGGAGGAAAAUGUUUGUCUUACAUGCCUCUGAGAUUACUAAAUGAUGGUGGAGCAUACAGAAUCUGACCAAAUCAUGACAUACAGCGGAACUAAGUCCUAAGUCAGCAACACAAGAUCCAGAUGAAUAUAUUUCUUUUGACUUGCAGUUAUCCUCUC